AUGGCUUCACCCCGCCCUCACAACUUUGGAAUCCCGAAUUCGCUGCCAAACGGUGCUACAGUCAGUGGCCCUGUUCCUGGCGCAACUCCUCUACUGCCCAACAACGGACGGGUCAUUCAAAAUGGUGCUGUCAGGGUGCUGUGUGUAGCCGAUGUGAGAGGAAAUCUCAGGUCACUGAAUGAACUGGCUAAACAAGCACGUGCGGACCACAUCAUCCACACUGGUGAUUUUGGUUUUUACGAUGAAACGUCCCUUGAGCGGAUUGCUGAUAAGACUUUGAAACACGUCGCUCAGUAUUCGCCGCUUUUGUCAGACCAAGUCAAACGCACUAUCGCUCAAAUUGGCCCACAGCAAUCGAUCAAGUCCCGAUUUACGCCCGAUCAGCUACCUCUAUCCGAGCUUCCACAGCUUCUCAACAAAACCCUGACAUUGGAUGUUCCUGUCUACACGGUGUGGGGUGCCUGCGAGGACGUGCGGGUCUUAGAAAAGUUUCGCUCGGCAGAAUACAAGGUUGAUAACCUGCACAUCAUCGAUGAGGCCAACUCGCGACUGCUUGACAUCGGAGGUGUUAAGCUGCGUCUUUUGGGUCUCGGUGGUGCUGUCGUUAUGCACAAACUGUUCGAUAACGGGGAGGGCAAGACUACGAUUGCCGGUGGACAGGGUACUAUGUGGACUACUCUUCUUCAAAUGGGAGAGCUGGUCGAUACCGCAAACCGUGUCUACGAUCCUUCCGAGACUCGAAUCUUUGUGACGCACGCCUCUCCAGCCCGUGAAGGAAUGCUCAAUCAACUCUCUGUGACGCUGAAAGCCGAUUUCUCGGUAUCUGCUGGAUUGCAUUUCCGAUACGGCUCCUCUUACAACGAAUUCUCAGUCAACCCUACCCUCGAUCACUACCGUGGUAAACUGGCAGCCUCCAAGGCCUCCUUCAACGACGUUUGGGAUACCGUGCGUGGCGAGGUUGAAUCGGCCAUUUCAUCAAACGAAGCACAAAAGACUCUUUUGGACAAUGCACUUGAUAUCGUUCAAAAAAUGCCUUCUGUAGCAAAUGGUGGCAAUCCUUUCGGUGGCCCUGUUGCUGGAGCCAAUGCUGGAGGUCAAGUGGAUGAGAGCGCCUUUAAGAACAUGUGGAACUUUAAUUUGGCUGAUGCUGCUUUUGGCUACCUUGUUCUCGACAUUGACGGUGGACGAAUUGGAACUGAAAUGCGCGCGCAGGGCUUCAACUUUGCUCACCGUAUCCAGAAACCAGGGGCUGCUGCCGCUGCCGGACCUGGCGCAGCUCCUCAGUUCGGCCAGGCUCCUCCAGCUGGUCGUGGCACACCGUUCCAAGGCGGCCAAGGAAAGCCCCAGGCACCUCCAGCCACGACGGUGUCACCUGCACCUGUGUUGCCUAAGCCUGCUACUCCUCAGCCCUCCGGUACCGAAAAGGACUCCAAUGGCAGCAAAGAAGCCGACAAGCCCUCGGAAUCCCCGGCACUGAGGGGCGAGAAGAAACAGAGCAAUGGUCUGUUUAUUUCUAAUGUUGACAAUGAGCAGGCAGCGCGUGACCUGUUCCCAGAGGAAGAUUUGGCGAAGAUUGUCAAAGUCGAGAAAUGGGGCAAAUUCGGUCACGUCGCAACCUUUGGAAGCGUCGAGGAGGCCAAGGCUGCUCUCGACCGUCAACCAAUCGACCACAAGCGACCUACACCACAAGGUCAACCCCGCAAGCCAAACAUCAAAUUCUUCGAGGACCGCGGCUCUCGACGUGAAGGCAAUGCAGGAACUUGGCAAAGCAGUUCCCGCGGCGGUGCUACUGCGGCAACCCGAGGCGGAUACCAGAGCGGAGGAGCCAGUGACAGUGAGACUGGACGUGGCCGUGGAUUUGGAAGAGGCCGAGGUCGUGGAUCUGACCGUGGCGGCCGUGGAGGUAGAGGUAGAGGCGCAUUUAACAAGGGCAGUGACUCGCCUGCUCCUCCAUCCUCCGACAAGCCUGCUGCUACCGGCGGCGAUUCUUGA